AGAAAAAGUAUUUAUAAUGUGGUAUUCUUCUGUUUUGGUCCUCCUUAAAUCACGGGCAUGAUGGCAUUUAUCCUCUGUUUAUUUAUCCGUUUGUCCACUUAGGUUCUGUUGAGUUUAUUGCUCAGCUUCAGCUGAUGCAACUCGAUGCAAGUAAAGUCAACGAGAAGACAGACCUAAAAACUGAGAUGAAGAAAACUGCUGCAGACAAGGGCUUUAGAAUUGUUGACAACGGAGGAUCAGGAAAUUGCAUGUUCUAUGCUUUGUCAGAUCAACUGGAAAUUGCCAUGAGAAUCAAAAUCAAACAUGACGAAUUAAGACAAAGACUGGUCCAGUACCUCAGAAAAAACCCGAAACUACCGGAUGAAACAAAUCUGUUUAAUUUCGUCCAUGGACAUCAAUCAUGGGCUGAUUACUUAACGUACAUGGAGCAAGAUGGCGCUUGGGGUGACCAUGUUAUUCUAUGUGCCGCAGCAAACUGCUACAAAACUUGCAUUCGUGUGGUCAGCAGUCUUUCUGCAGCUCCCGAAGUUAUCGUACGGCCACAAUGUCCUGUUGACAAAAGCAGGACACUUGUGUUGGGACACAUCCAUGAAGUACACUAUGUUAGCCUUCAUUCCACACAAGACAAUCCAGUGGGAGAGGAGAGUUGUAAAAGUGAUGAUCCUUCAGAAAGUAAACGUGGAGAGCUAGCAGGUUCUGUUGAGUUUAUUGGUCAGCUUCAGCAGAUGCAACUCGAUGCAAGCAAAGUCAAUGACAAGACAGACCUAAAAAUUGAGUUGAAGAAAAUUGCUUCUGACAAGGGCUUCAGAAUUUUUGACAAUGAAGGAUUAGGGAAUUGCAUGUUCCAUGCUUUGUCAGAUCAACUGGAAAUUGCUAUGGGAAUCAAAAUCAAGCAUGACGAAUUAAGACAAAUAUUGGUCCAGUACCUCAGAAAAAACCCUAAACUACCGAAUGGAACAAAUCUGUUUAACUUCGUCCAUGGACAUCAAUCAUGGACUGAUUACUUAACGUACAUGGAGCAAGAUGGUGCUUGGGGUGACCAUGUUAUUCUACAAACCGCUGCAAACUGCUACCAAACUUGCAUUCGUGUGGUCAGCAGUCUUUCCGCAGCUCCCGAAGUUAUCGUACGACCACAAUGUCCUGUUGACAAAAGCAGGACACUUGUGUUGGGACACAUCCAUGAAGUACACUAUGUUAGCCUUCAUUCCACACAAGACAAUCCAGUGAGAGAGGAGAGUUGUAAAAGUGAUGAUUCUUCAGAAAAUAAACGUAGAAAGCUUGCAGGAGGGGAGGUGAGUUGUAAAAGUGGUGAUCCUUCAGAAAACAAACGAAGAAGGCAUGCAGUAAAACAGGGCACCCCAACAAAGGAUGAACUGGAGAAAGUAGGGAAAGAAAUUGCUGGAAAGUGGCUGCAGCUAGGGCGUCGCCUAGGGGUCGAGGAUCCAAAACUACAGGACAUAGAUCAAAGAUACAGGCAGCUGCCUGACAAGGGAUACUACAUGCUAAUGACAUGGGAACAGGAGAAUGGUUCUGCUGCAACUUACGAAAUUUUGAAUGCUGCAUUACAGCAUGAACUCAUACAGCGAAGAGACUUAGCAGAACAGAUUUGUCAUAAUCGUGCAGAUAUUCCAGCAGAAGAGGAGAGUUGUAAACGUGAUGAUCCUUCGGAAAAUAAACCCAGAAGGCUUGGAGACAUUUCAGCAGAAGAGAGUUGUAAAAGUGACGGUCCUUCAGAGAAUAAACGCAGAAGGCUUGCAGACACUUCGGAGAAUAAUCAAGCUUCCACUGUUGUUCCACCAGCAGAGGAUAAUAAGAUACUACCUGCUGAAGCAAUAGCAGAGGUGUACUUGAAGGAUGGUGAUAACGAGUACAGCAAAGGAGAGGCUUACAACGCGGUACACUUAUAUACAGAGGGACUGCAAGUGAAUUGCAAAGACAUCCAAGUCAACGCCGCGCUCUAUAGCAACAGGGCAGCCGCGCAAUUGCUUUUUGGAAAUUAUCAAGAAGCUUUGGAUGAUGCUACAGUUUCUGUUCAGUUAGAACCAACUUUCAUAAAAGCCAUAGAAAACGGGGCCAGUGCAUGUGAGCAGCUUCACUUCUAUCAAGAAGCCAUUGGCUGGUGUCAGAAAGGAUUAGCAAUGGACCACAACAACAAGAAGUUACUUGAUUUGUGGACCCAAUGUGUUACUGAGUCAACUGAUGGGACAGAUGAAUCAGGAAGUAAACAGGAAGUAAAGACUAACCGUGACAAAAACAGCGCAGAAAGCGAGGAUAUAAAAGUCAACAAACAACUAUCUCAAACAGCUAUCAAGAAGGUCCUCCAUCACGAGAAAAAUUUGCAUCUUUCUAUCAAAGUGCGAGAAAAACCUGGACAGGGAAAUAGUUAUGGCGAUCUCGGCAAUGGUUAUGAUAGCCUAGGAGAUUUCCAAAGGGCCAUCCAGUAUCAUGAGUGCCAUCUAAAAGUUGCCAAAGAAGAGGGAGAAAAGGCUGGAGAGGGACAGAGUUACUGCAAUCUCGGCAAUGCUUAUAAUAGCCUAGGAGAUUUCCAAAGAGCCAUCCAGUAUCAUGAGCGUGAUCUAGAAAGUGCCAAAGAAGUGGGAGACAAGGCUGGAGAGGGAAAGAGCUACGGCAAUCUCGGCAAUGCUUAUCAGAGCCUAGGAGAUUUCGAAAGAGCCAUCCAGUAUCAUGAGCGUUGUCUAAAAAUUGCCAAGGGAGUGGGAGACAAGGCUGGAGAGGGAAAAAGUUACUGCAAUCUCGGCAAUGCUUAUGAUAGCCUAGGAGAUUUCCAAAGAGCCAUCCAGUAUCAUGAGCGUCAUCUAAAAAUUGCCAAAGAAGUGGGAGACAAGGCUGGAGAGGGAAAGACCACUUCGGGAUUGCGGUCGAUUUUAAAAACGAUAGUUUUUCUGGCAGAAAUAUCUUAUGAGAUUGACGUUGUUUUCCCUUUUGCAGACAAUCCAGUGGGAGACGAGAGUUGUAAGAGUGAUGAUUCUUCGGAAAGUAAACGUAGAAUGCUUGCAGACAUUUCAGCAGGAGAAGAGAGCUGUAAACAGGAUGAUCGUUCAGAAAACAAACGACGAAGGCUUGCAGCACCGUUAAAUGUUGAGAAUUGCCAAGAGCAGCUAAAGUCGUAUUAUCGCACCCUCAGUAAAGUCAAAAUCGUUCCAUGGGAGGACAGCUCUUCCAUUCAGAUUGAUGAGAUCUACACACCUUUGAGUUGGGUCAGAGAUCAAAGGAAACCCAGUGGAGUGACACAAGAGGAACUUGAAGACUACACCGACAUGUUCAAGGGAAACCCAACACGAAUUCUUGUUUAUGGUCGGCCAGGAAUUGGCAAGAGUACGUUUUGUAAAAAGGCUGCAUAUGACUGGUCGAAAUCCUUAAAAGAAAUCAUGAUGAACUUUUACAUUUUGCUUCUGAUUAAGUUGCGAGAUGUUUGUGAUUUGGAAGAUAUCCGUAAGGUUUUACGAGCGUCUAAACGGCUGGCCGGUGAUGGUCCGAUCUCAGUUGACAGUCUAUAUAAUUACAUAAUUAAUAAUAAAGAUAAGGUUCUUCUGAUUUUGGAUGGUUAUGAUGAAUACAGCGGUGCAAAAGAACACCCACCCAUCCUUAAAAUUUGGAAGGGCGAGCAACUAAGAGAUUGCCACAUCAUUGUCUCUACGCGACAGAGUAAAUGUGACGAGAUAAGAGGCCCCAGCCACGUUCAGUUUGAAAUUAGCGGUUUCAAAAGCCGGGAACGAAUCAAAUCCUUUGCGAGAAAGUUUUUGGCAGGCGAGGAUAUUCAAGAGUUCAUGUCCUACUUAAGGGAGAAAGAUCUCCUCGACAUAGCAGAGAUACCUCUCAAUCAAUCGAUCAAUCCUUUAUUUAAACACAUAGUGACUUCAACAAAAGGUACAGAAGAUCUUAGCAAUCUUGGAAAGGUUGCCUUCGAUGCACUGCUACAAGACCGUCUUUACGUACGCUGUAGCGAACUCCCCGACAGUAUUUUAAGAACUUUUGAAAAACUCAGUGAAGUUGGACUUUUCCAGAUUGUCAACAUGACGAGUCCGAAUCGCGAGAAAGGGGCCUAUUUCAUUCAUAAUUCCGUACAGGAGUUCCUUGCAGCCUGGUGGAUAAAGGAGGGAGUAUUGGCGAUAAGAGGUAGUACCUGUUCAAAGCCAAAAAGAGAUAGUAGCCUGUUCAAAGUUGAAACAUUUGAAAAGAUCGUCAAGUUAAGUGAAGUCCUCAAAUUUGCCUGUGGGCUGUCAACAGAAGCCGCGUCCACAGUUUUCCACCUUCUUGAUUCUGUUGGAAGAAAGGAAUCUUUGUCGGAGAUUGAAUUCAUUGUAAUAUCUUGCUUCUUGAUCGAUUCUAACCAGCUGAACAUUGUGGCAAGGGAUCAAGAGUUGCUGAAAUAUGCCUUGAUGCCCAAGUUCAUCUUUUUCUCUGACGAAAAAAGGAAUUCAGAGAAAAGCCAUGGAGACUUGAUCACUGUAGCGGAAUACACGAAAGCUAUUGUUUUGAGCUGUUCGGGCGAAAUGAAACUCGCUGUUUGUUUAAAACAGUGGCCACGUCGUCCUUUGAAAGAGUUCUUCUUGAAGAAAGAAAGAAAAAUUAUGCCUCAUGUUUGUCAAAUUAGUAAGAAUUUAUUUGGUGGCACUUUUCCUACUGAAAUGCUGCGAGAGCUCAUUUCAUCAACAGCAGCUUCUACUCAGGAGAAGCACCUCGGUGAUCCUUUGAAUGAACAUGACAACCAAACAGCUUCGUGUUCGAAUGACAACACUGAUAGUGUCACUGGUCGGACUCCACACAGCCUUUCCUUUCUGAGGAAAAUGGAUACUCUUCACACAGAAAGGCAAGAGAUGGGGACGCUGGCCGAUAUAUUUCCAUUUUGCACUUCUCUGCGAGUUGUACGUAUUUUUGGUAAACCCUCUAAAACCCGUGAUGCUCACUUGACAGAGACCCUGGUCUCUCGUAUCAUUUUCACCAACAGGCUUGAUAGACUAUCACUUGAGAAUAUCAAUUUGACAGCCGAACCUGCUGCAGCCAUCGCCAGAUCUCUGCACUAA